AGGAAGAACACUACACAACACGCUUGAGCGGGAUACUAGGGAUUUUGCCCUUCAUCUUCGUUGUUUCUGUUGAUAAACAAUCCUUGAUUGAAUUGAAUGCUAUUCCGCUCGCGACACUUCACCAAUGACUCAAUCCUUUCCCCUUUCCUCUCUGCCUCACUCUCCGCCACAUCGUUCUCCUCCGCCGCCGGCGGCUCUUCCAAUCCGUUUGUUUUCCCACCGCUAUGGCGACCAGCAGGAAACGAAGUCGUCGGAGGAUCCGAUCAGAGCCAAACCCUCCUCCUCCUCCUUUUUCCAUGAUCAGCAAAAUCGGAGAUGAUAUCCUAUUAGAGAUUCUCAUUCGCCUCCCGAACCCUAGAUCCGCCUGUCGCUGCAAAACCGUCUGCAAGCGUUGGAGGUCCGUGAUCUCCGAUCACCGCUUCAAUCGCAGUUUUGUUUCUCACCCCCAGACCCUGAACAAACAGCAGACUCUGCCCCUUCACACGGACGACGCCACCGACCCGAAAUCAGUCGUCAUGAGCUUUCUCCCGCCCAUGCCUGAUAGAGUUCGAGAGUGUUUCAAAGUCUUGGAUUGCUUCAAGGACAUGCUUUUAUGUGGUUUUGCGGAUGUUAGUCGGAGAAAUUAUGAAAUCGGGAGAUCGUACGUGGUCUGCAAUCCGUUUACCAAGCAAUGGAUGGCUCUUCCUUUAGCUCCUGAGAAGCCAAAGGAUUAUGCAGCCACGGUCACAAGGUUAGUCUGUGAACCCCGUAGUAGUAAAGGUCACUUUAAGCUUGAUCUAGGAGAUGAUGAACAAGUAUUUGCUUAUUCGGAGUAUCGGUUCCGUGUGGUGUGCAUAUAUCAACAUGAGACCUCUAUCAAACUGGACGUGUUUUGUCCGGAGUCUGGAAAAUGGAUGAAGGAGGCUGUUGUUUAUGAUGGUUAUCGCAGACUCCGCCACAAAAAUGUAUGUUCGUGCAAUGGGAAGCUGUUUUGGUUGUGUGUUGAAGACGGAGAGGGAUAUAAUGCUGCAGAGUUGAAAGUGUUCCAGGAGUUGAAUCGCUUCCCUGAGGUGAAUCCUUUCCUGGCUGUGUUUGAUCCCUUCCGCCUUGAUAUACACACAACUAGUAUUCAUGUUUACGAAUACUCCAAGGAUCUGAAGUUGGAUAUUUCGUCCUCGCAAGGUGCUCUGCACAUAAUUGAGUUUGAAAGAAAACCUAGAAAUGCUCGUUUAAGAGUUUGGAGAUUGGAAGACGAUCAUGAGUCUUGGAGCGAACUCCGUGGAGGGUUGUUGGAGAGGCCAUCAUCAAGGUGUCACUAUGAAAUUGAGCACUGCAAAAUUCUUGAUAUGCAUCCAGAGAAGCCCGAAGUUGUCUUCUUCCAGUAUACACCUCCUUCUGUAAAUAAGGAUGAUGCUAUAUUGUGCUGUGACCUAAGGAAGGGAGAGCUAGAGUUUGUCACUGAUCUAAGGCAACUUAAUCCUCGUUGGACAUUCUUCCAGCCCAGGAUCUCUUGCUGGCCUUCUCCAAUUCCAAGAUACGAGCAAUUGCGUGGUAUGUAUGAUGGAAGCUGCAGCUGGUUCAGAGCAGCAAACGAAGUGUCGGAAAAAACUGAAGUAACUCCUAUUUGCAUUCUUCAAACUGCAAUUAGUAUUCUGGGUUUCGAUCAGUUGAACAAAGCUUCGAUGUCCCUCAAUGCGCAGAAGAGUAGAUCACAUUUUGGAGAGUUUAACAAGCUCACUGAAGAGAUGAAGAGUUUAAGAAAAUCGCUGAAGAGUUGAUCGGGUUGAAUAAAUAAAUAUUUCCUCGCCGUGGAUGCUUGCUCUUUCAUUGACAUGUUGUUUGCUAGGGUUUCAUUAUCGUCUUGGUUUCAUAUUGGGCUUAGUCCGUUGCAGGGGAUAUGACAAGCCGAAGCACAUCCUCCGUAAGCCCAACCCAAGGGUCCAAUAUUUUUAAGGCCCAUAACAUUCACGUUAGCCGAAGCACAUCCUCCGUUAGGAAAUUGUAAAUGUUGUUUUUUUUUUUUUUAUAGAUAGACGGUAUAAUUUACAAACUAUUGUAAGGUGUACGUGUUUCGCCAUCAGCUCCUGCAGUCUCU